GGUAGUGACAGAUUUCAAGAACGGGGAAAUGAAGAUAUGUCCGUAUGUGCUUGCUUCAAGGUCAAACCUUAACAAAGCGAAUAGCAUACUAGAAAUAGCAAAAUCUCAGAAAAGGAUAUAUGACAUUUGUGAGAUAAUAAAUAGUACACCUGGAUUUGGUAUUGUUUAUAAUUAUGUUCAGCGUUCUUCUGCAUCUGACAGUCACUCCAUAUUUUUUGUUGACUGAAAUCCAAAAAGGUGGAUCUACCCUUUUCAUUGUGCUGCAGUCUUGUUGGGUUUUUGUCCACUGUUUGAAAUUCUACGCCAUAAUUGACCGAUGUGACGUCUGCCAGAAUGAAGCAGACAAAAUACUGGAUAGCGUGCAAAGAGUACUAGCCGACUAUGCUGAGGAAUCUCCACUGAAAUCAGCGUUGAUACGUUUUGCAAUGCAACUUUCGCAAUGUCAAAUUCGCUUCAACACCAGUGGUCUAUUUGCGCUAGACAGGUCGAUAUUCACAUCGUUUGUAGCAGCUAUCACUACGUACCUGGUCGUCCUAAUACAAAUGAACAAUUAUCAAAAUUGA